GGGAAAACAAAAAUUGAUCCGAGGCAGGAAAUGCUGGAAACGGAAAGUUGAAAACGAUGCUCCAUGGAAAACGGUGACGAUUGGGUAGCUGUAGACAAAGUGUACCACAUCCUCUUCUGCUCCGCCCUCACUCUCAUCUUCUCAGCCCUCGCCAACAGAACUCGUUACCCCUUUCUCCGUCGCUACUCCGUCUGGGUCGCCUCCAUCCUCUCUCUCGCCACCGGCGCCGCCAAGGAAGUCGCUGACGAGAUCGGCUUCUUCAAGUCUGCCGGCGCCUCCCCUAAAGACGCUCUCGCCGAUCUCCUCGGCGUUCUAAUCGCUUGCCUCGCUCUUUCUCUGCGGAAAUCCUCACGUCGCCCCGAUCCCAUGGAUCAAGUUCCAGGAGUCUCGCUAGUCUGAGUCCAACCGAGCCUUUUCAGGUCAGUUUGAGCGUACGAAUCGAGUCUAUUUGAUUCCCGAGAAAGUGUAGGAGAAGGAAAUAAAUGAAAACAAAUGUUGGAUUCCGCUUUGUUUUCAAUUUCUCCACUUUUUUUAGUGCCAUAUUUUCCAGCUGGUGAAGAAUCAUUGUUUACUUAGAAUGUUAUUCAUUGUGCUUUGAUUGAUUGUCUAAUCGGCUUCAUGUGAUGUGUUCUCUUAUAUCGGAUAUAUCAGAUACUUCAAUAGAUGCUUUUGAAUUCGUUUAGAGCAAUUGGUUGAAAGGAUUGAGUUGUGCUAAGAAAGGACCUCUUGAAGAAGGCCCUCAUUUUAUUAGCAUUUCUGGUUAAUCAUAUAAUGCAUAAAACAUAAUUAUUGUACUUCUAUGAAGUCAUUUAAAGCAUUUGAUAUGAGCAUAUACUGGAGAAGAAGCAUGAUAAACUUAGUACCCUUUUGGAGGAAGUUUCUUCACUAAAAUGUUUGAGUGAGAGCAUGAGGAUUUGCUUGCAGACUCCAGACUGUUGAGGGGUUUUUCCAACAUUGUUGAAGUCAGAAUUGUGGAGGUCGUGAAUUUGGAAAUAUAAGUAGUGAAAACCCCAUUGUAGAGUUGAAAGGCUUUUGAGGCCUUGAUGAAGGAAGUAUUUAAUCAUAGCUUCUCAUAGGAUGUUGAGUUGCUGCAAAGAUCUUGAUAUCUGAAAGUGCAUGGAACAUGAAGUAAAGCAUCAAGUCCUUAGAAGCUCAGAUCUGACGAGUCAAGAUUCAUUUCUUAACCAUUACAUAAUUUUUGAAUUAUUUUUUGUAUUGCCUCUUGCUUGUACAAAUAUCAGUACUUGGUGGCCUCUUUUUUUUUUUUUUGGGUAUGGGAAGCUUAAACAACUUGCCAAAUCUUUCCAAUCUGUUUUUCAUUUUGAUUUAUGUGAAAUCUUGUUUUUUGAGUUUAUUGUACUAAUCUCAAGCUAAGUAUUGCCAGCUA